AAGAACUGCGAGACAAGAUAAUCCAGUAGCGCGCGCAGCAUUGUUAAUUACUCGUGCUGUCGCGUUCUUAUCCGAAUGACCGACCAAUUGGCCGCGACACGUCAAAGUCGCACCUAUCGAUGCGCACGCGCACGCCUGCCUGGGGCCGGGCGGCAAAGCUAAGCUCAGCCAGAGUCGAUCAUCACACGGCGAUGGAGCCGGCCGCCGACGGCGACGACGUGCACGGGCAGCGACGGGACGGAGGACACCACGCGCCGGUGGUGUCGCUCCGGGCGCUGGGCCUGGCGGACGCGGACGCCUUCAUGGCGUGGGCGUCGGACGACCGCGUGAUGCGGCACCUGAAGCGGCCGCUCUGCGCCACCCGAGAGCAGGCCGUGGCGCAGAUCAGGGACACCGUGCUGGGCCACCCGUGGUUCCGCGCCGUCUGCUUCGGCGACGUGCCCGUGGGGCAGGUGUCCGUGUGGCCGUACGCCGACGAGGGCGGUCGCAGGGCCAACCUCGGCUACGCCCUCGCGCACGACCAGUGGGGCCGGGGCAUCGCCGCCGCCGCCGUCAGGAUGGUGGUGGGCACGGUGUUCGACGACCUGCCGGGGCUGGAACGGCUGGAGGCGGUGACGGACGUGGCGAACGUGCGGUCGCAGAGAGUGCUGGAGAAGGCCGGCUUCCACAGGGAGGGGGUGCUGCGCCGCUACAUCGCUGGACGCCGCGGCAGCGGGGCCAGAGAUGCGGUGAUCUAUAGCUUCUUGUCGUCCGAUGAUCGUGCGUGACCCGGUGACCGGUGUCGCUAUGCUACCUGCAUAUGGUUGUGUGUCCUGUAAUAUGCGUUCCAUAAAUUGUGCAAGAUAGAAAUGGACUACUGCGUAUAAUGUAUCUCUAAGUGCAUAACUUAAGUUAUUGUAUUAAAAAAAACUAAUUUUUUUAUA